ACGCUCUGGAGGAGGCGGCGCGCACGGAGAUGCCCCGCGGAGGCCAGUCUCGUGGCUUGAAGAGAAAAAGAAAUUGGGAUUUAGAAUACCCAUCCUUUCCAGGAGAGAGUCCACUGCAGUGCACACGAGCAGGUCUCAGGACCGUGGGGGCAGAAGCUUCCCUCUCUGAAGCAUGGCUCAGGUGUGGAGAAGGAUUUCAGGAGACUCCUGAGACUCAGUCAUUAACAGCUGAAAAGAAGACUACUACAGAAAAACACCUUGAAUUAUCCUCUGGACCCAAGACAGAACCUACCACAUCUAAGAGUACCAGUGGGCUUACAGCUAUAACAUGGAGUUCCAGUGGAAGUGAUCUGUCAGAUGAAGAAAAAACAGUUUUUAAAUCACAGAGAGAAAAUGGACAUGGUUCUAGAAUAGGCAAAUUUUAUAGCAGGAAUAUUUUCUCUCCAGAAGAUGGGGCCAGUGAAGAUGAUCUCCAGGUUAUUGACUGGGAGAUUGACAGUGACAGGGAAGAUACAUGUGAUGAAUUUGAAGACCGUGAGAGUGUGGUGGAAAUAUCUGACCAUGCUUCUUGUACAAGCAGUCGUUCUUUGACACCUCCAGAGACGCUACCUGAGCUUCCUAAGACAAAUCCUACAGAAAUUUUAGAGUAUUCAUCAGAUAGUGAAAAAGAUGAUGAGUCGGAGAAUGUCUUGUUCAUUGAUUCAGUAUCCUCUCACAAAUACCACAUGGAUUGUGGAUCAGAUGGAAGCCAGGUUAUGGAGAGACUGAUAAACCCGAGGGUAAAAUGUACAGAGACCAUUUUGCAUACACCCCAGAAAGAGACAAAGCUUCCCAAGACUCCAGAAAAUUCAGCAAAGAAGAAGCUUUUAAGAGGCGGGCUAGCAGAAAGACUAAAUGGACUGCAGAAUCGAGAGAGAUCUGCCAUUUCUUUGUGGAGACAUCAGUAUCUUUCUUACCAAAAGACACUUUCAGGUAUAAAAUCUGGUAUAUUGACUGUGAAAAUUCUAGAGCUUCAUGAGGAGUGCACCAUCCAAGUUGCAAUGUGUGAGCAGUUAUCGGGGCUUCAGGCUGACAGCUCUUCUCAGGGCGGGGCCCCUGGGGCUGGCCUGAAGGUUCUUUUCGCCAAGGAGACCGCGCGCCGCCUCAGGGGACUUCCACAGGACACCGUCCGUAUCUACCCUCCCUGGCAAAAGCUUAUUAUCCCAAAUGGAAGUUGCCCUGUUAUUCUGAAUACUUACUUUUGUCAGAAAGUUGUUGCCAAAGAAGAUUCAAAAACAACACAUGAAGUGCACAGUUGGGACACACCCCUUCCAAGAAGAAGCAUCAUUUUGGCCCAGAUGUUUAGAUUUAAGAGCCUAACAAAUAACUCACCUGAAAACCAGGUUAUGUGUGGUGGUCACACCACCGUGAGCACAGACUGGAGCCUCAGGCACGAACGGGCAGAGCCGGGCGUCCCGGCCCGAGCUCCCCCGAGGGAUUCUCUGCUGGAUGCCGUCGAAAGCCAAGGAGUUGCCACCUGGUUGGGAGCCGGGGUCCGAGUGGUGGUGCAGAGAGUUUACUCUCUUCGCUGCAGGUGUCAGCGGGCAGAUGUCACAGACCCACCUGGAGUUCGCCUUCUGUCAACUUCUCAAACAUGGAAAAACUCUUUGCCCUCCCAGGUUCUGUGUGUGCUGUGCUCUUUGCUAGUCUGCCUUCUCGUGCAAGAUGCCCUCGGACUCUUCAGUGAGGUGCACUUGGAGGGCGCCGUCCUGAAGGACAGGGAGUUGGAGGGCAAGUCCUGCAGGCUGGCUGGAAUGAAGGUUCUGCAAAAGGUCACCAGAGGAAGGAUGAUGGAGCUUUUCAGUUUGAUUGACAGCAUGUGGCCUCCAGUGGCACCUCUGAAAGCGCCAGGCCACGGGCCAGCCUUCGAGGAAACAACUCAUCUGCCUCCUCCUAGCUUCUGUUACAUCCUCACUGCUCAUCCAAAUCUGGGACAAAUUGAUGCAAUUGAAGAAGACUCUAUUUCGAAGCUUUACCAGCCUCCGAUUCCCCGCUUCUUAAGGGAAAUUCUCCAGACCGACGGCCCCUGUACCCGUUGCAGUUUCUUUGCCAGAGUGAUUUACCAAAGACCACAGGUAAACAGUUUGCUUCUGGAGCCAAGGGAGAUGUGGCUGGUGGUGACCGAUGUUACUCUGCAAACACAGGACGAGGGCUCAGGUCUCCCCAAAACCGUGCCUGUGCGUGUGACCCCCUCAUGCGUGCUGGGCCAGGAAGUCCGGGACACGCUCUCCGAGGCCACCUCCAAGAGCUUCUUCUUCAGGGAUGCUCUCCGAGACCAGGGUCAGGUUGUUUGUGUUGGACGAACUGUCCUCCUGCUUCCAAAGCCCCAACUGGGCGUGGCCUCUGGUGCCUGGGAGCCGACGAGCCCUGUGAGGCUGGAUGAGCUGGAUCCUGCCACUCGGGUCAACUCCAUCUGCAGCAUCCAAGGCGCUGUGGUCGCCGUGGACGAGAGCACCGCCUGCUCGUGGCCUGCGUGUGACCUGUGUGGCGGUGAGAGACUGGGACGGAGGCCGGAAGACAGGGGCGCCUUCUCCUGUGGGGACUGCUCCCGCGUGGUCACCUCUCCCCUCCUCAGAAGGCACCUGCAGGUCUUCCUGGACUGCCCCUCGCGACCCCAGUGCACAGUGAGGGUCAAGCUGCUGCAACACAGUAUCUCUGCGCUCCUGAGGUUUGCCUCCUGCGAGGACGGGAGUUACGAGGUGAGGAGUGUCCUCGGAAAGCAGGUGGGGCCCAUAACCUGUUUCGUCCGGUCCAUCACCACCCGCCCGGCCAGCUGCGUGGGAUUGGAGGAGGUGGAACUCCUGAGCGAGGGGGGAGUGUCUUCAGUGCACCGGCGGCAGCCGCAGGAUCCGUGAACUUUACAAAGUGGCUGCGAGUGGUGGUGGUUCGGUAGUUAUUUGUUAAGUCUAGGCAGAGUGAACGUACUUUAUGAUCUUGAAGUGGAACUUCGACUGGGGCAAACGUUAGUAAAAUGGCUUUGUAAACUGUAAAUCAAAAGACUUCUUUCUGCGAUGAUAUAUAUAUUUUUAUUGCCUUUCUGCAAAUUUAGGAACACGAUAGAGCUUAAAUAAGCUUGAGGUUUUCAUUUUGUAUUUUACCUUAGACAAUAAUAUAGUAGAAAAAGUUAUUUUGUUCUACUGUAAUUCUAAAGUGUUCAAAUUUUACAAUGAUUCAACGUGGUUUUCUUCUGUUUCUUUUAACAUUUCCCCAAAGAAUUACCCUGCCGAGUGUAAACCUUUGUCCUCUAUUGUCAUACUGCUGCUCUGCACAAUCAGUGUCCAGCUUAAGCGCUCUGCAGUUCAGUAUUUUUUGGAAAAUGUUCUGGGGAACUAUGUCAGAGGUAAAACUGUUUCCCAUAAAGUAGAGGCAAAGGGACUGGCCUGAUGAUAGCUCCUUACGGAGAGACUGACAGGUCUGGUUAGUCCUGCCGGGCACUGCGCAGGAUUACGCCGCCGCAGGAGAGCUGGGUAAUCGUUCACCUUGUUGGCAGAGAUCUGAGUUAAAAGUAAAACCAUGGAUUAAUUAUCUCUGGACACUGAAGGUUUUGCGUUUCCUCCCUUAUGACAGUAUAAUCAUGACAGGCCACGGUUAACUAAUUACAUAAUACAGACGUAGCAGCCCAAACCAGGGGAGGCUGCCUAGUACCCACUCUCAUGGGGGAAAGGCAACGGCUUUACUUAUUCGUCCAGAUUAAGCUUUGAAACAUUACCAGUACCGGCAAGGUAGCCGAUUUUAAGUAGCUUUGUGACCGUCCUUUCCUUUCCAUCUCCUAUAUGACUUCUGUACUUUAUGCACUUUGAAAAUCUACCUGAAGCUGUCUACAGGACUGAGGAAAGUGAAAGCACGUCCCAUGAAAGCCAAGAGGACUGGGACUGGUUUUCGGAUAAUCUGAGCCCUCCUCUCCCUGCCCCCCACUCGAGGUGGGACCCUCUCCGGCCGGUUUCCGACACGUUCCCGGGGCGCCUUCCACCCGAGGGGGUGUCGCUCGGCACGUUAACCGGCACGUCCGCAGGUGGAGUUUGGCCUGUUGGAGAAGCAAAGCGACGGUCUUCCAGGAACCCGGCCCCGGGGCACACACCGGCCAGGCGCGCCCUCCCCGGCCAGUCCGGAGGGCCGCGAGCGCAGGAAUCAAG